AUGGCAAGAAGACGGGUCUCCUCCCUGAUUACAGCGUCUGUGUUCGUAGCGGUGGUGUUGGCUGGGGUCGCGGAGAUAGACGGAACCUUCCAUGACAGAGGCUGUGCGAGAUCAUAUCCCGCCAGGUUGUCGAGCACCUCCCAGAAGGCCUGUGUUGGACAAAAACUGGACAUAAACUGCGCAGGCAGUGGCGGAGAUAUUAUUCGCAUCGACGCAGUGAAUUUAAAGUCAAAAUCUUCUUGUCCCGCCUAUUUCCGUCCUCCACAGAGGAGAUGGCGGUGGCAUUACUACCGUUCCAAGUACGAGGCCACGCCCAACGUGACGAACCUUGCAGCUGGCAUCUGUUCUGGACGCUCAUCUUGUUCCCUGACGCUGCAAUCCGAUGACUUACCUGUCCGGUGCUAUGACAAUCAGAGACACAACCAGUUUGAAGUUGUUUACGCAUGCGUGCCCAGGACAGCCAUCGAUGCCUGUUCCAAUACCGCCCUGACUGUGCACAAUGGGAGUGUCAUCCUCACCUCCCCCCAGUACCCCCAUCCCCAGGGGGACAGCCCAAAGACCUGCAUAUGUAGAAUAUCCUCAGAGGCCAGUCGCUGGACGGCUGUCCAAGCCUUCAUCAAACACGUGGAAUCGCCGGGCGACAGAGAGGACCGCUGUGUCACCUCCGACAGCCUGCUGCUUACCGAGCACGUUGACCCUACCCUGUACGGAGAACUCUCAUCCUUGGCAACAACAACUACGUCUCCUUAUGGCGAAGACGGCGACGACGAUCAUGAUGAUGAUGAUGAUGACCAUGAUGACAAUGACGAACAUGAUGAUGACGACGAUGACGAUGACGAUGAUGAUGAUACCAGCGAUGACGGCAGGCACUAUCUGAGACGUAAAAGACACUCCAGUGGGAGACACGAACCCUUUCAAACCUCUUGGAAUGUGUCCCUCACUUGCAAAAAUUACACCAAUUAUUUUCUCAGCGAGUAUGGCUACUACGUUGGUGUAGACUUUGUUACAUUGACUUAUACCAAUAGAGGACAGAAUGGACAUCAUAGUCGCUUCUGGCUUCGUUUUACUCCAUUAACUUUUAUCGCUCCAACCACAACCACUACACCUACAACCACCACUACACCUACAACAACCACAACACCUUCAACAACCACACCUACAACAACCACCACUACAAUUACAACAACCACUACACCUACAACAACCACUACACCUACAACCACCACUACACCUACAACAACAACCACUACACCUACAACCACCACCACUACACCUACAACCACAAAACCUACAACAACCACUACACCUACAACUACCACUGAACCUACAACCACCACUACAUCUACAACAACCACUAUUACAACAACCACUACUACACCUACAACAACCACUCAACCAACAACAACCACCACUACACCUACAACUACCACUAAACCUACAACCACCACUACUCCUAAAACUACCACUACACCUACAACCACUACACCUACAACAACAACCACUAAACCAACUUCAACCACCACUCCCAUACCAGUAUUACCUACAUUCACUUAUACAACUGAAAACUCCAACAUACCAGUUAAAACAACAACAUCAAAAACUUCUUCAACAGAACUUAAACCAUUCGAAACCAAGACAACCAAGAGUUUAAAGACUACAAAUCCCAUCAAGAAAUCCACAACCCCAAUAAAGCCAACCUGGAAACAACCGCAAGGCACCAAAACUGCAACCCAGCCUACCACUUCAACUGAAAGUAAUGGAAUUGGUAUCUUUGAGUGGAAAAAGCAGAUGGAGACAAUGCCACGGGAGCAGAGAUUAACUUCUGGUGCAAUAAUUGGCACUUGUGUGGUUUUUGUGAUUCUCAUCCUGGUGGGAGUGGUUAUCUUUCUGGCAAGAAGGGGAUGCCUUCAUAAACAAGUUGAUCCCGUGAAAAAUGGAGGCACAGUUAUGUACUUUAAUGCAACCAGUGGAGCAGUGAAAAUGCAAAAUCAGACAAAAAAGCAGGCUGAAGCUGCAACAAUGAAUAAUCUACAGUCAAGGAAGGAAAAAAUUCAAAAUCAGAAAAACCACCAAGCAGAAGCUGCCAGAAAUGGGCGUCAUCAAUCUUUUGGGUCCAUGCCAAGGGCAUACAACAAUACACUAUAUGGGGUUGUUGGGAACCAGUGGACAACCAUUGAGGGGAACACAUUCAAAACACCCAAGGGGCACACCCUAGUACAUAAGGAGCCAAUCUAUGAGACAAUUAAACCUCGAAACAUUCCUAACGUCACCGGCAACUUAAAGAGCAGCUUGCCAAAAGAGAGCUUGCAAACCUAUGUUCAUUAUCCAUGUGAUAAAGUAGACAACCUAAAGACUGUCAAAUAUUGAGGGCCAGGACAUUGACUGGAUGAGCCAGAAUGCCUGUUUUACAGGAAUCAUUUGAGACAGCCCAAUGUCUUGUGACUUAAUGUAAAAUCAAGGGAAAAUUUCACUGGAUUUGGGGAAGAGUGAGUCAGAAGUAAUGGCAGACUAGGAAUGCACUGUGGCAACAUGUAAAAGCUGUAGCUGACAGAAUUUGGAUUAUUUUCUGGAAAUUUUUCUUGAGUUCUGUAGAAUUACAGUCUGUCUCACAACAGUAUAAAUUCAAAAUGUAUUGUGUUUAAGUUUUACACUCCUUUCUUAGCCAAUAUUCACUUAUCAAAAAGUGAGCCCUGUCUCACUCCAGCAUAUGAUAGCACUCCAUGCUUAUAACCCUAUGUGGGACAGUUUUCACUCAGAUUACUUGUUUAAUCAUCAAUUAUACAUACUUUUAAGGGCUUUCAUAAUAUCUGACAGCUUCAAUUGUAAAUAAUGCUCAAUAUGAAUAUUACUUUUGAAUUAUUUUAUAUGAUGCAAUAUUUUAAACUAUAAAUGGACUUGAAUUGCUUUUUGCAGGUAUAUGGUUGACAGUGACGAAUCCUAUUUUUUUAUACAAAAAACGUUGUAA